CCUACAGCCAUGACUAGGAAAGCGUGGUUUGGACUUCCACCACUUAAAAAAGCCAACGUUCAAUACAAUGAGUUUACUCAGGGGUUCCAGUUACAGACCCCGUGAGCCCUUUCUGGGGAUGGGGCGGUGCUGACAGCGUUCCUGGCCUCCGAACCCUAGGAGGCGCUGUGAUCUCCGUGUGACCUUUUGGGGCUGGACGUUCAUUGCGCAAGCGCGCUCAGGGAUUUUUUAUUUUUUCCAUCUCCGUCCGCACGUGGGAACUUUCCCGGCAACGUUUUCGAAAAAAAUGCCCAAAUUCAAGGCGGCCCGCGGAGCCGGGAGUCAGGGAAAACAUGCGCCCCUGGCCGAGCAGAUCCUGGCUGGGGACGCGGUGCGGGCAGGGGCCCGGGAAAAGCAGCGGGGUCGCGGAACUGGAGAAGAGGAGGAAGAGUACGUGGGGCCCCGGCUGACCCGACGGAUUUUACAGCAAGCGCGACAGCAGCAGGAGGAACUCGAGGCCGAACACGGGACUGGGAACAGGCCCGCGGCGCCGCGGGGGCGAACCACGCGGCUAGGUCCCAGAGUGCCACAGGAUGGAUCAGAUGAUGAGGAUGAGGAGUGGCCCACCCUGGAGAAGGCUGCCACGAUGACAGGGGUGGGCCACCAUGCAGAGGUGAUUGUAGACCCUGAGGACGAGCAUGCCAUUGAGAUGUUCAUGAACAAGAACCCUCCCGCCAGGCGCACCCUGGCUGACAUCAUCAUGGAGAAGCUGACUGAGAAGCAGACGGAAGUUGAGACAGUCAUGUCAGAGGUGUCAGGCUUCCCUGUGUCCCAGCUGGACCCCAGGGUCCUGGAGGUCUACAGAGGGGUCCGGGAGGUGUUAUCCAAGUACCGCAGUGGGAAGUUGCCCAAAGCAUUUAAGGUCAUCCCCGCACUCUCCAACUGGGAGCAAAUCCUCUAUGUCACAGAGCCAGAGGCCUGGACUGCAGCUGCCAUGUACCAAGCCACAAGGAUUUUUGCCUCUAACCUGAAGGAACGUAUGGCCCAGCGCUUCUACAACCUUGUCCUGCUCCCACGGGUGCGAGAUGACAUUGCUGAAUACAAACGCCUCAAUUUCCACCUCUACAUGGCCCUCAAGAAGGCCCUAUUCAAGCCUGGAGCCUGGUUUAAAGGCAUCCUGAUUCCACUGUGCGAGUCAGGUACCUGUACCCUCCGGGAAGCCAUCAUCGUGGGGAGCAUCAUCACCAAAUGCUCCAUCCCUGUGUUGCAUUCCAGUGCAGCCAUGUUGAAAAUUGCUGAGAUGGAAUACAGCGGUGCCAGCAGCAUCUUCCUGCGACUGCUCCUGGAUAAGAAGUAUGCGCUGCCCUAUAGGGUGCUGGACGCCUUGGUCUUCCACUUCCUGGGGUUCCGCACGGAGAAGCGAGAACUGCCUGUGCUCUGGCACCAGUGCCUCCUGACUCUGGUCCAGCGCUACAAGGCAGACCUAGCCAUGGAUCAGAAAGAGGCCCUCCUAGAGCUGCUCCGACUGCAGCCGCACCCACAGCUGUCCCCCGAGAUCAGGCGUGAGCUUCAGAGUGCAGUCCCCCGAGAUGUGGAAGAUGUUCCUGUCACCAUGGAGUGAGGACACAGCCUCUUGUCCUGGUCUGAGGUGCAUGGAAGGACACUGGGGUCCCUGUUGGUGACGAGAGAUGACACUGAGCUUUUACAGCUGAAGACCCAGUCAGGACAAUGAGAGGUCACAGGCAUCUGUGGUACCCUGGUCCCUGACCAGGAAGACUGAGAGUCUGGCUUGCUCCCUCUUCCAUUCUAGGUCUUUGUUCCCACUCAGUCCCGAGACUGACUUCAGAUCCCACAGGCCAGCCUUCCUGUUCCCCAGCUGGGGCUUGAAAUAGGUAUUCCUCUUGGUCUGUUGUGUCAAGUCACUGGGAUUUGGAUUGAAACAAAGGCAGGUAUUUACUGAAAUUCUGUGUUUUGAUGUGACCAGUGGAGAGCUUUCUGCUUUUUCUUUUCAGCUGGAGGUGGGGGUUACUCUUCCCCUUUCCUGUCUAGGAGUGAUUCUUAUACCCAGUAUCCACAGGAGUCCCCCUUAUUCUACAAGUUAUUUUCUCCAGGUUGUACCCACCCUGUUUGCCCCUCUGCCUUCCUUUGACAUGGGUGACUUUGGGAGACUGCCAGCAACCAGGUCAUUCAAAAGAUGGUCUUGUCUCAGAUGGAAUUGCUAAAGGAGAGAGCCCUUAGAGGGAAGUGUAGAUACAGAGGCAGGAAGGGUCAGAGUAAGGUCAGGCCCAGGCAUGAUUAGAUCUGGGGUCACUACCAGACAGGUUCACUUCCUAACCUUGACUAAUGAAAUCUUCAGACCAGGGGUUGGCAAACUAGGGUCAUAUGCCCAUUUUCUUAUGGCUCAUGAAUUAAUAGUUUUUAUAACUUUAAAUGGUUUGGAAAAAAUUAGUAUUUUGUGAUAGAUGAGAAUUAUACGAAAUUCAAAUUUGUCUGUAAAUAAAAUUUUAUGGGGACAACCAUGCCCCCUCCUUA